AUGUCAGCUAUCGGAAUGGCCUUCAAGAGAAUUUGGGCUAGUGAAACUGGUCCAAGAACUGUACAUUUCUGGGCUCCAACUUUGAAAUGGUCCUUAGUCAUCGCAGGUUUAAGCGAUGCUUCAAGACCUGUUGAAAAAGUAUCAGGUACCCAGAAUUUAUCUUUACUAGCAACAGGUCUCAUUUGGACAAGAUGGUCUUUCGUCAUACGACCAAAGAAUAUGUUGUUGGCCUCAGUCAACUUCUUCCUAGCUUGUACUGCAGGCUACCAGAUUUCAAGAAUAAUAAACUACAGAUUGACAAACGGUGACAGUAUGUCACAAGUUUUCAACUAUAUCAUCAAUGGUGAACAAUCUAUCACAAAUAAACCUGUGAUAUCGAAUAACCCAUCCACUCCACAAUCUGCGAUUACUCAUUGA